AUGUACACCGGGUUGAUCAGAAGAAUCGGAGAUAGGUCGAGCCACGUGGUCAGUUUCGGGCCAGAUACAGACAAGCUCUUGCUUCAAUUGUGCGUUGAUCAAGGGUACUCUAGUCUCGAUCCGGCAUCAAACUAUUACAAAUGCGUUCAAGAGUAUGUGGAGGUCAGUGGGACAACUCAUGGAAGGUCGAAUCCAUCACUUGGGCUAAGUACCUUCGAUUCCAUCAAUCAAGUUUGGUAUCAUGCUAAUGGAGAGGACGGGUUUGCAAGCGCUUACCUCACCAGCGUUGAGUUGUUGAGGGGUGGAAGCAUCGGCCAAGCAGCCAUUGACACCACGGACCCUGUCUCCUUCACUCUCUCUUCCACUGAAUACAAUCGAGCAGAUCGAAGCAUCUUUGGGGUCGUGACUUAUUCUUCAGGGCAGCACUAUCUUGUCAAAAUUGUCAUUAAAACCUGGACUGGAGAUUACGUGUACAGAUCCAGCAACGACGUGGGAGGGGACAUGCAAUCUCUUUACUUCCAACACAUAUAUUACUUGUACAAUGCCAGUGGAAUUGUUCCAGCAAUCUCGGCCUUAGAGCCGUCAGAACAGAUCUACUUGAUGGUCGUAGUAGAAGACGAGCCAUACCUCCUUGCGCUCAGAACCGGAAUGGACCCAGGAGGAAACCCAAAAGAUUGCGGCGAUAAAGUACAAACGAGUGUCUGCUCAGAAUGCGUUGGAUGCUUUCUAUGGAAAAGGAGAAUUCCAGGGGUGGUUACGUCCAUGAAAGUCUACGGACAACUCAAAGAAAUCUACACCAUGAUUCACAACACCAGUGGACAUUAUUUCUACAAGCUUGAGUUGAACACUGGCAACGUAAUGAACGUAUACGAGAUGGCUUCGUCGGACGUGAGCGUUGCAUGGAGUAUCUCGUCCUUUGCGCCUCUUGGAUUUGGCAUGUUAGACCGAACAGACCCCAAAGGAGAAUUGAAAUUGAACUCAUUCUCGUACAUGACACGUCAGAAAGCUCUCAAGAAGAACGAGACAGGGAAUAUCACCGAGGUAAACCUUGUUACACAAGGAUCGUUGAAAACAAUCUCUUUCGACAAAGAUUUCACAGCGAUUUCUCAAUUGAACAACAUCACGAUUGAAGAAGGAUUGAUCUUUACUGGAAUUGAAGCUCAAUCUACUACUAUUCCUCAGGCCGCAUCUAUUUAUCCUCCCUUUGCGCACAUUGAUGGAGGUGGAGUUGUCAAUGUAUUUGGAGGACCUUUUGUAGAUACUUCCACCCUCUCUUGUCGGUUUACUAUUAUUCUGGAGGAAUGUCCGUUGAGUCCAGCGGACACUUACUUUCAGCGCUGCAGAUUUUCAGCUUCUAAAGUUAAGUUCGUCAAUGCCACAUACAUGAUCUGUUACACUCCGCCGUUGUCCUCUCCGCACAUUGCUCUACUUCAGGUUUCAUUGUCAGGAGUGGUGUGGUCGUUGGAGACUCAACGGUUUGUCUUUUUCACAACGGGAAUAUCUGAGGUACUACCAAGAUACUCAGGGAGUGCAAAAGGAGGAACGGUGGUACAGAUCAGCGGAGUCAAUAUCGAUAAGUUGAAAUGGAACAACGUGCUGGAACUUGAAAACAGCAGAUGUGAGUUUGGGAGUUACCUAGACCCAGGGGUCUACAUGUAUGACUUACAUCCUACCUUCAACCAGGAUACUUGCAGGAACGUGACUAUUGGCCCAAUAACUGAGCUCUAUUGUUCUUUCUACUGCAAGACGCCACUCAUUCCACACGAGUACUGUUUGACCAAUGCACUCUGCCCUCUCCAGAAGUCGCAGACUUUGGAUGGCUGUGUGCAUCAGUGCAAAGAUUUCGUGGCUACAUGUCCUACUGGUGACAAUUUCACUAAGUUGGGGAAGUGUAGAGCCACUCAAGCCACAUUCCAAGACCUCGAGUUCAACCUUCUUUUUGCUGCGUUCCCACAAGGUGAUGAUACCAGUGGGCAAAGAAUUCGGUAUGGCCUUUUCUUCUACACAGGCGGCGGACCUCCGGUAGUUGUUGGCGCUCAAUUCACCCCGGACGUGACAGGAAUGGAGAUCGAGUUUGACACAUCAACAGACCGAGGAUCUCGAGGGACCCCAUCCGAUCAACCAGUUUAUCAGACCACAGUUGAACUCUUCACGAACCCCGCAAGCACUUUUGGUGUCGGAGCCUAUGUCACUUGGCCCUCAAGAUUGAAGAUGCUCAUUUCUUUCGGUCAGAAUCCUACAGUCACAUGGAACACUUUCAUUCAGUUGAGGCCUUUCACCGUCGCGUCAUACCUCGACCCCUACGCGUUUGCGGAUGGUGUGUUCCUUGCCAAACCUGUCCCGGAGGACUUGAAACCUCCAACCACUGCGGUCAUCACCGCUCCGCUGAGAAUGAGUUUCUGCAGCAACUGGACUCUAAGCGGGAUCCAGUCAAAAGGUGGAGGAGGACGGGCAAUGGGUUAUGGUUGGCAUGUGGAAGUCAAGAAGAUCGACCUCACGACUGGAAAUCUUUUGGGAUGCCCUGCUUGUGGUUCUGGAAAUUGCGACUGUUUGGACUGGGUGCAGAGCUUGAAUAACAGGCUUGCGCAAAUCCAGGUGGCCCGCAUCAACAUCGUGUACAGUGAUACCAUAGCGUCGACAGGAAACACUUUGACGGCUUGCGUUUCUACCACCAAGACGUGCGACUUGCAGCCUGACUACUCUUAUACCUGGAAGCUGGUAACCUGGAGCUGGUUGUGGAGCUUAUCGAGCAAGUGUGGACCUUCUCCUAUUCCUUCUGACUUCUGGACUGCACCAGAGCAAUACGUCUAUUGUCCUGCAAUGAGUAUGACUACAUCGGACUUGACUGGAUGCAAUGACAAUGAUGCCAAUACUGUUUGUGCGCCAUGGGCUUCAGCUUCUACCCGCAUGUACCUGAGUCCGGCACCCGAGGUUCAAAUCCUUGGACCUUCUAUAUUGACUCUGACUGACCUGUUGAGUCCCUUGGUUUUGAAGCUCAGGCUGCUGUAUGACAGUGUUCUUGCAUGCAAUGGCAACAUUUCUGUGGCUUUGAAGAAUACUUUCAGCACAUCAACAGCACUUGGCACUCAAACCUCUACCCUGAACAACCUGAUUCGGUACGAUUGGCAAGUAUACGCAAAUUUUUACCAGGCAGAGACACUAUCUGUAUGUUUUAAUCCUCCAACCACCGCUUGUGUGGCAGGCAGCACUCAGGCCUGUCUCUUAUAUUCAGCCUUCGGUCAGGGAAGCACCUGGCAACUGCCGUCAAAUUCGUUGAAAAGUAACGUGUCGUACGUCGUCCGAGCUGUGGCCAGGAUCAGCACGGACACAUCGCUCUUCCCAUGCAGUGCCGUGGGUAUCCGCACGAACUAUUCCGCUCUCAAUCUUGAUGCAUUCAGUGGGGUCUUCGACUCUUCUACGAUGGCAACACCUCGAGGCGGAUACAGGAGGGCUUCUAACUACGGAAUCGUGAUCGACGAUUCAUCCAGCUCCUCCCAGGCUAUCAAAGUGUUCAUCAGUGUCGCGAAUCCGCUGAAGCUUCCGGGGACGAAGUAUCAGUUCAAGUGGGACUGCUAUACAUGGACAAAAGACAUCUACACAUACUGGCAACUAUCAUCCUUUUUUUCUCUUCCACCUGAGAUUGUAAGCGCCUGCUCCUGCACGGCUGAAAGGUGCUUCAAGACCUGGAGCGAUUUGCAAACUCUGGAUUCUCAAUCAUCCAAUAUCACUUUGUUCUCAAGGAAUAUGAAUGGCAUGUGGAACAUCACGAUACAGAUAGUUGCUACGGUAACAGAACUCUACAACGGCAACCCGUUGCGAACAGCAACCACGGCCGUUCGCUUCACAGUCUACCCAAGAACAGCUCGAGACUAUCAGUCUGGGAUGCUUGAUCCCAUCAACAACCUGGUGCUGACGAUCGACCCCAGCGUGUUGACUGGCUUCAAUGCCUCUGAACAUCCCUUCAACUUUCUGUAUAACAACUUCAUCCCGAAUGAGCUUCUUCUUAUUCGAGGUCAGUUAGUGGGCACUCAAUACUCUUGCAACAGUGGCAUUCCAGACUUCAACAGUGACAUCAACAAUUUUUGCUGGUACCAAUGGGAAGAGAUGAACAAUGCAAACUUGAACGACCCGUCAAUAAGUCGCUUCAAUCAGUACCAGCCUUACUCGAGCGUUGGUCUCUUCGGUCUCAACCCUAUUGCAACCAAUGCCAACAGCAACUUCUUUGUCAGGCUCUCGUUGGUCAAGGGCAGAGAGUCUCUUGUGCUCCAGCAAUACACAGUCGCCUGGACUGAAGUUCAGGUGACGGUGAACAACUUGCCGAGGAACGGUUACAUCGACGUAUCACCAUCAUGCGGCGUAGCCCUUGUCACUCCCUUCAAUUUCAUUGCAGUUUCGUGGAAUGACGACGCUGAUAACUUGCCCUUGUCUUACGCGUUUGCAUACCAACGCCCAGGGUGUGAUCCCUCGGCAACUCUCUUCACCGAUUACACUUUCUCAACGGUGUCUCAAGGCAAGCUCACAUACUGCGAGACUGGAAGCCGCUGCUCCGCUGCUCCUACAGACCCUUCUUGCUCGUUGGUGCAGAUUCAGCUGCGAGUGAAGGACGUAUUCGAUGCAACUCAAUAUCAGACAGAAACAGUUGAUGUUUGGAAGACUCUGUACUUAGGGACUCCUGAUUUGGUUUUGAGUCCUCAAUUUACUCAGUGCAACGCGUUCCCUUUGCCGCUCAUGUCAACGUUGCAAGAUCAGCUUCUCGGCAACAUCAAGGUGUCUGGGUUUGUGUCCCAAUCAGGUUCGGAUGCUGUCUCGAGUAUGAGAUUGUAUGCCUCGAUGAUCAAUCAAGCUAGCUUACAGGCAUCGUACCGCAUGGAUCUCUCUCGGCUUUUUGAUGAUUUGUUGAGCUUCAACUUGAUCUCAUACACGUCGGACUCCCUUGAGCAACUGUCUUCCGUGUAUUAUGAGACUUUCGCUACAGACCAAGGCCUCAAUGCCUUGUGUGAUUCCACAUCAACUGAGGUUUACAGGAUCCUCAACACCCUUCAAAGCAUCAUGAGUAAUGCGAAGAACGCCAAGGUGAAGCUGAGUGAUUCCGUUCUGUCCAACUACAUUGCUGCCUCCUCUGCUGCUUUAUCUAGUCUCUCCAACCCGAAUUGCCGUCCAAACCUUCUGAGACGUACAAGGAAGCUUCAAGCUCUGACCAACUUUGAGUCAAACAUCCUGGCUGCGUCGAACUUCGCGGCGUCCACUCUAGACUCGUUCUGCGCCCUCAAACUUGAAGGGCUCAACGGUGACGAGAAGGAGGUCGUGAUCGAGAGCUCCACUAUCACAUACGUCUUCCGAAGGGCUUCGGAGCAAACGACCUCCGACUUCAGCAUGACAGCUCCUGCGUACGCAACAGCCUCCACUUCACUCUGUGGUGACACCAAAGUCACUGUGCUCAAUGGUUUGGGUCAGCAGAAAGUUGACAUCUGUGUAGCAGUGUUUCGAUACAAUCCUGUUAACUACAAUGCUGCAACAACUGCAUCAACCGAUUCAGAUGGCACUUCUCAGGGGCUUUACGGAGUAGAAUGGCCAAUCAACAAGAAGGUUUGUCCUGUAAAGGUUCUGGUGAGGUAUGCAGGCUCCGGCAUCCAGCUGAAUGCGGAUUUGAGGAUAGACUUCGAUCUCUCGUUUGAUACAACAAUUGUACGGAACUGGUUUCCCCCGACCAAGUCUGCAUUUUCCGCACCUUACAACAUGCUUGCGUAUCAUGACAUAUUCUUUGCCGGAGUGUGUGAGCAGUGGGCGCAGGGACAAACUCAGUCUUCCGGAAGUUGGGUGGAGUCGGAUUUUGCCAAUCACACGCUGAUCUUCGACUCUUCUGGGAAUCCAAUCAACCAAGAUGGGUACUACUCGGCCCCUGAGGCAGACGCCUGCAUCAAGGUCCACACCUAUGGCGUUGAACCCGCGCCGGAGAAGAUAGCAGGAGGAAGGGUCGGAUGUUACUUCACCAGCGCGGACAGGACGAAGGCGAUUUCCAAGGGCCUGACGCCGCAGGGGAUCUACGGGAUCGUGACGGAGCGAUCAGACUGCCAGGGCCUCCUCAGUUCCACCAGCAGUUUGCGGUCAAGCAUCGACUUCAAUGUGGGACAGUUGGAGUAUGCAAGGGGAGGAGUGUAUCCAGGUACGAGGAAGGUGUGCGAUCGCUGCGGAAAGUGCGGCGGGUACAAUCAGUGCCAGCAAGGUUGUAUGAAUGAGUUCCCAGCAGUAUACUUCGAUGAUGUCUGCGGGUUUUGUGGUGAAAAAUGCUUGACAAACUGUCCACAAUACACGGCUAGUCAGUGUCCUUUACUGCUCAUCGUCUUCUUGUCCAAGCAGGUUACUCAAUAUAAACAAUAUCAGUUCUCAGUAGGCGCUUGUCCUACCGGCACUAGCACCUGCGUCAAGGCACCAUGUUCGGGGCCUUCCUGCUUCGAUGUCAAAGUGACCACAAGGAGUGUAGAUUCUCGAUCCUUUGCGGUCAACGAAGACACUCCCUACAUAAUGUCUAGCGGAGAGCUCACGCUCGUGGGCUCCCAGCCUACCGUCGUCCUCGAGCUCUGCAUGAUCAACACGGCAUGCGCCAACUACCUCUGGGAGGCCGGAAAGGACUUGGGCAAACCCCCGCGAUGCCGAGACCUGAUCUCCAACGUCCCCACCUGUGCCCAGCAGUGUGGGUCGUACUUUGACUUCCUGGACGGUUCGAUUUUCUGUGCAGGUGGAGCCAUCGAAGUGCCCAACGGGCUAACGAUCUGUCAGAACCAGAACAGCAACUCUGUGCCCGGUCAUCCGGCUUCGUCCUCGUUUGUCACGUGCAGGGGAACUAGAUCGGCUGUCAGUGCCGCCCUCAACGGCCUCAAGUACAUCCCCCCUAAGCUCUUCUCCUCAGGCAAACCCGCCAGGCUCUUCCUUGUCUUCCGCAUGACACUCGACGCCUUCGACCCGGUCGUCUACAGGAAGGAUCUCAACAUCACCGUGUACCCAGUCAACUCCCCUCCCGCUGUUGACGGCACCACCGUCUUCCGAGUGCAGGAGGACAGGCCUGCUGCGCUCACUACGAUCGCCAACGCUCCUAUAUCAGCCGUGUGGAUCACCGACGAUGCAGGAUUUCAAGACGGGAACCAGAUCUCAGUGACGCUCCAGGCGCUCAAGCACGGCAGCAUCAGCAUCGGAGGCUCCAGGUUGUUCCCCGUCUGUCCAAGAUGUCCCGGAGAUCAAAUCAUGAUCGUCACUUCCAUCUUGUGUAAAUGUUUGGCCGGUAGCCCAGCGCUAAUUCCAUGGUACGUUGUGAACGAGCAGCUGUCUCUGAUCAGCUCUAUCACAAUCAUGAACACUACGGGGCUUGGAAAUCUCGAAUAUAUCUCUGGUCCGAAUGUAAAUAAUGUUGAUGACAACAUCCAAGUUGUUGUCAAUGACAACGGAUAUUCGGAUCAGAACAAGACUACUAGGGCUGCCACCGAUCUCAGCAAACCGCUAUCGAAUUCGAAACAGCUCACUCUGAAUGUUGACGACGAGAAUGAUCCUCCUGUCUUGAUCCUGCAAGAGUUUGUAAUGAUCAUCCAAGGUCAGUCAUCCAAACUUGAAGGCGGUCACAUGGAGGAUUUCGAUGUGCAACAGUAUUUGGCGCCAGGGUCAACCACAGCCAACACCAACUACUCUCUGCAGGUGUCAUGUGACGUAGGCAAAAUCAAGAUGAACUUCGCUGACACGAGCUGCUUCGUGCAAUUCAGACCGAUCCUCAAUGUCAGCACUCCGCUUGUGAUAGUCAACGUCGAUGCCCGAGUCACUUCAGCUCAGUUUGUUACGAACAAGUACGGGGUCAUGAUGUCCGGUCAGAAAACUUGCCUGUCAGCGGCCGGUCAGCAAAUCAACGAAUGCUCCAGGUUGCCAUACCUCAAGUUUCAGACUGCUCCUAUCCUGUCCCAGUUGCUCUCGUACCCUUCAGCUACUCUCACUCUGCGUAUCUACAAGGUGAACUGCAUCGCGGAGAGCUGCUCAGUAGACUGUGUAGACCAAGGGGUGACUGGCACCAACAAGCCAGUGUGUUGUCCACAGCAGUGUGUAACUCAAGGGACAGUGACCUUGAACAUGGUCUCUUGCUCUUUUGACAACACCUUGACCUACGACCAGACCAAAGUGCUUGAUGUUUCCUUCCCUCCCGUCCAAGUCAGUCAACUGUACAUGACGAACAGCAUUGAGACUUGGAUGGAGUUUCCGUUGAACAUGGACCUGGUCAAAGCUCAGGUGGCUAAGGAUGGUCUUCUCUGCUUCAGUCUCGUUCCUGACCGCAGUAUCAACGAGACUGUGUUCUUCUAUAGCUCCGAUCGCCAGGACCCAACAACCGAUCCGAAGUUGGGGGAUGGUUGGCCAUACCCUCCUAAUGCUGAGCUGAUCCUCGUGCGAGGGCGAUCCUACAACUGCACCGGAUCAAGUUGCUCACUGGACUGCUCGGGAGGCGACGGAUCAAACAUCUACAGCAAGGCUUGUCAAAACACCAAGAGCAACGACCGAGGAACUGCUCCUUGCGUGAUUGAGGUGGCCGCUGGCUCAGGGAUUGGAGACUCGAACUUGCUCUUCAGCACUGACAUGAUCACCAUGAACUCGCUGCUAAACGAAAUGACAUUCGAAAUGAAAUCAAACUUCAGCAACGCUGAGGGAUCGAACAAAGUGAACAUCUCAUUCGCUCUCAAGGACGAGAGGGCAGUGUACAACACCAUUGACAACAAUGGUUGGUACCAACCGAGUGAAGUUGCAAGGUACACUGCAAGAACCAAUGUCUCCAUCAUAUCGAUUCCGAUCAAGACUGACCCUCUGCCUGUGAAGAUGAUUCCAGUUUACGAUGAGCCAUGGCUACAAGAUCGCCUCAACAAUGGGCUCCUUCCUGCCUAUGUCAUGUUGGAAGAUUGUGGGAACCGACCAGUUCAGGAUUGUGAAAACUGCGACGGUGAAUGUCCGACGAAGCUCAAAGUGUCGCCAUCGUUGUCACUAGGCGAGACUGCGAAGGGCUUGUUCACAGUAGAGAUAUCCAGCAAGCUGGGUACGAUCACAAUCCCGAAGAGCAAGAGGAAACUGCUGUCUUUCUCCAAGGGGAGUGGUUACCGUGACCGCAUUGUCCGCUUCGAUGGCUACACUGACCACAUUCGAGACAUCAUUCAGAGCCUUAUGUACUACACGCUGCAGGAUCAAAGCAUCCAGUACAAGAAUCAGUACGUUGGAAAGUGCUCUAGACCCUGCUUCCUCUCAGACAUCGGCCCUCCUGCCUUCUUGAACACCAAGGAAGCAGCAGGUUGCGAGCAGUCUUGCUCCCAGUAUAUCUUCAACCGCGUCAAUGACUUCAACAAGAGUAUCAACCCGUCGAUGGAAGAUGCCAGCUAUGUGUAUCUUGAAACUCUUGUUAUCACCUUCGAAGACAAUGCAGUCACAGGAAUGGGCACCAAGGGUUUUGCUCAAGUUCUCUUGUACAACUUCUACACGCUGGCUAUCAACGAUCGGCCUUGCAUCAUCUUUGGAAACACAGUUUCCGACGGUUGUCGCCAGCGAUGUGCGACGAGCAACCUUGCAAACAAGUGCAGCCCUGUAUUCAACAACGUUCGAGAUGUUGUGACUUCGGCUGGAAACCCUUAUGAUCUUCUGGCCAACAUCACAGUCAAUUACCUGGAGGAUGAUCAAACUGCCGUCAGGCUUGGAGGUUUGGUGACGAAACCCAUCGACUUGUAUGACUCCAGUCGAAUCGAAUGCAUCAACCUGCUGACUGCCGAGCUUGCAAAGCGAGGAGAGUCGUACACGUUGCCGACAUGGGUGUCAGAUUGUCCGCAGUUGAACGUGAAGAUCUCAGCUCUGAAAGGAGAAGUUUCCCUCAACAACAGAGAAUACCUCUACAUCUACGUCGGUGGUCAGUCUCAGUUUGCGCAAGAGAUUGCAUUCAUUGGCCAUCCCAUCGAUUGCAACAUUGCUAUGAGGAUGAUCUCGUACAAGAUGGGCACCAAUCAGCAGAACUUCAACUCCAAUAGAGGAAUAGAGACCGUCACAUUCCAGAUAAGCGAUCAGGGUUACAGCGGUGGCGAUCAGACUGGCGAAUUCGAGGGAUCGUCUCAGACAUCGACGAUUGUGAUCAACAUUCUGAUCCAACCCGUCAACGACCCCCCGGUCAUCACCCUCCCACGAAUCACCGACCCGAUCGCCUUCGACGAGGGAGUCUCCCCUCUACUGCAGUCCAAAGCAAUCCCCUCAGGCCCGUCGGGGCUCAACGUCAUCGACGUGGACGCCUUUGAGUGCGGCUCCUGCACCAUCCAGGACGGGACCUUCCCAAUCUCUCAGAAAGCCACGUGUGAGAACUCAGUAGAUCCUGUGACGAAGCUUGAGGGAGAGUGGAUGGACGGAUCCAUCACCGUCCAGACCUCCGUGAUCUUCGGCAGGUUGACCAUCGUUUCUCAGUCCGAGCCCGGCAUCAUCCCCCUCUCCGAUGCCAUGAAGAGCCAGCUGGAGUUCUGGGAGGACCCCAGCUGUUCUGAGAUCACGUGUCAUAGCUACAUCACUGCUGAUUCCUGUGCCGGCGCGAAUGGCUGUACAUGGAACGGCAAGGGAUGCUGGUGCCGCAAGGUGAAUCCGGGCAGCCAGUGCAGAACUCUCAAGUUCCGGGGCCCGAGCGUGGCAGUCCAGGAGGCCAUGCGUGUCUUGCAAUACAAUCCCCGACCCUACUUCAACUACCUCACGUACCAGGAGCAAGAGGCCUUGACAGUGUCAGCAUCAGAUCAGGUGUGGCCGGAUAACGCGACCUCCUACCAGUACUACUGCGGAACUCCUGCCGCAACUUUUGACUUCGCUCCCAUCGAAGGCUCAAUCGGGAUCUCUAUUCGUCCCAUCAACAACAACGCCACUGUCGGCUUCUUUCCAAAGGCUGCGAACUUGGGGUUUGAAAACCCGCCUAUCUGUGAGGGCACAAGAAUCUGCUACGACGACUUCGCGUCCUGUGUUGGGAUCCAGCAAGGGAACAUUGAGGGAUGGACCACAGAAGGACUUGCGGGGUUGUCGUUCUACGGGUGGACAGGCGAUGCCGUGUCGCAGGAGGGGGAGCAGCAUCUUUAUCUUCACACCAUCACUUCGAGCCCCGUGGCUGCCGUGACGCAGAACGUGUCAGGUUUCAGUCUGGGGUACGAGUACACCCUCAGUCUGAUGGUGUCUGCGCGUAACGAUCGUGAUCGAGGGACUAUGCUCAACGUCAGCCUGAUAGAGAACCCGGUGGCUGGGAACAUGUCCCUGACAGCCUUUGAACGAGCCGUUUGGCUGCAGAACUGGUCUGUAGGCCUGGUUGCAAACACGUACACGGCAGGGAGGCUCGGGGUUGACACGUGGGUACCUUGCAGAGCAUGGUGUGUGCUGUCUGCCCAGCAAGAUCGAGUGAAUCCCGGCACGGCAUCGGUGCCCUUUGCACAGUUUCAGCCAAUCACAUUCAUCGCCCACAGCCCUAUGUACGCGAUUCGAAUGCGAUCAGAGCAGACCAAUGGAGGUAAUCAGAUGGUCUACGUGGACGACCUGAAGCUCGAGUGCACGAAGAUCUAUAUGACCGAAGACACUUCUCACUACCUCCAAGGUCUCGAUGUGGUCGACCCGGACAUCACGCCAUACGUGCUUGAAUGGGUCAAGACAAGGGCCAACCCCAACAUCUUCUUCGAUCUCGAGGUCACGGCCCUGCAGGGCACGUUCAACCUCCUUGCCCCCGACGACUGUCAGAUCAUGCCUCCCGUCAACAACCCCAACGAGGCCUUCGAGCCCUCCAUCAUCAUGACAGACCAGCAGCGCAUCGCCUACGGCAUCAAGUGCGGGGUCUCGGCCUGGGCCAACAAGACGACCUUCCGCUCGGUCUGUCCUGACAUCUGCCUCGGGUGUAAUCCCCCAGUACCCUUCACCUGGGUAGGUCAAGGGACUCCCGUGUCUCCUUGCAUGCGCCUCCCCCUGUUUGACGUUCAGUUCAACCUCACCACAAUGGUGCCCGCAGCUGCAGGAGAGACUCUCAAAGCACAGAAGAUUAUACCGACCGCGCGUGUGUUCAUGACAGGGACUGCGCAGAACCUUUCGGACGUGCUGAAGAACAACAUCUUCUACUUGGGAAACAGCAACUUCAACACGGACAACAUCGGCCCCGAGACUCUUCGGUUCCGGAUCAACGACCGUCAGAACGUCGAAGUCCCUCUCCCUGGAGGAGUGAUUCCCUCCACAGACUCGCUGAGGACGCUGCAGGUUUCCGUCCUGGCUGUCAACGACCCACCAGUGGUCGGCAUUCAGAACUCCAAACUUCAGAUGUACGAAGGAGACGUUCCAGCCCUUGCAGGCAUUACUGUGACUGAUGUCGACAUCGACGAGCAGAAGUGUAAGGACGGAGUGUGUUCGUCCAGCCCUGGAGUUAUCCAGGUGCAGUUCAUAGCCAACAACGGGACAUUCUCUGUCGACCCUGCUCUGUCAGUGUACGCUUUCAACAGCCUUAAGAAUCGAGAUUAUGGGGAUCCCUCUCGGGGCAUCUACUCCGAGCCCGACGUCUACGAGUGCAUAUGGAGGAGGUGGUGUGACGACGAGACAGUCUCUUCUUCAGGGCAACAGCUCGGCCUCAGCUACGACUCUCCUUGCGCCAUCGUGCCGCAGUAUCAGACCUUGUCCCAGUGCGUAAACGAGAAACUUCCCUUCUGCGUCUUCGUUCGAAGCAUCCUCGAUCCCGUCACCCGCAGCUUCACCGUGUGCAAAGAUUUGUUGAACAGGAAGGCGGCCGAGCAGGGACUGACUGACGUUCUUACUUCUUCCGAGAUCAAUACGUUGGUGCAGUUUCAAAGUCGGUUGGUAUUCUCCGCAAAGAGCAAACCCAUCGUCUUCACCAGCUCUAAGUUUCUUGUCAUGUGGAGCACAGCCAGUGCACUUAGGCAGACACUGAAAGAUUCCUCGGUCUCCUACCAACCCGACCUCUACUUCAACGGAAACGAAAAGAUCGUCGUCAAGGCCAACGACAUGGGUCGCACUGGCAUCCGGUUCCCCUGCCCAGUCCCCACGGACCUGCCAACCAACCUCCACUUCGAGCACUGCAACAAGUCCUACCCCUAUGUUGCGCAAGAAGCCAAGAAGGAGAUCGCUGUCACUGUGAUGCCGAUUAACAACAAGCCCUACAUCAUCAUGCACGACAUGUUCGGCCGGCCUAUCGCCGGGAUUCAAACCAUUCAGGCGCAACAGAACAUCACCAUGCACCUUCCUUACUUCCAGAUUGUCGACGUGGACUUCAAUCCGCUUCAAAGUAUGACGAUAGAGAUCUCUGUGAGGUCUGGUGGUGUCUUGUCGUUCAACGCCUCCAAGGUACCGAACCUCGACGUCUUCGUGGCCGUCGGCGGGUCAAAAGUCCAGGCGACGGGCAGCCUGCAGGACAUUAACGUCUUGAUGAUGAUCUUGCAGUACAAGAGUGACCCCCAGAUGAUCGGGGUGGAAUCUAUGCUGAUUCAGGUGGACGACCAGUCCCCUUGCAAUCCCUACUGCUUCAAAGGAGGAAAUUCAUCCACCCUCGUCAAGGACAUGGCUGCUGGGCCAGUUCUCCUUGCUCUCGAGAUCUUUGUCACCAAACCCCCAACCUGCCAGUACCAGACUUGCUCUGAGUGCAUAAACCAGCUGGUUGAGCCUUGUGGUUGGUGCCCCUCCAGCUGCGGUGGAGCGGGGAAGUGUCGAGACGCGCUUUCCUUCGGAGGCAAACCAUUUUACGGCUACUGCGAGCCUCUCUGCAUUGCAGGUCGAUGCCUUCUCUGGAACAUGUGCGAGUUUCCCUUGGACAGGUCUUGGAUCCGAGGCGCUGUGGGAGCUCCGUUGCUCUUCAUCGCUAUUGUCACCUUUCACCUCCUCUUCAUGUGGAGCAGGAAGAUGCAUGGCAGUCUGCCGAUUUACAUCCUGAAGACGGGCAAGCAGCUGCUGAUCGAUGGCAGGAAACUGAAGCUGCUCCCUCCCGAGACAGCCUCGAACCUCCAAAUCUUCUACCUUGGCGUGCUUGUUGUGCUGGGCGCGAUGAUCCCUUCCAUCCUGAGUUACGUCCUCGUACAAAAACCGAUCAACUUGGCUCUGGGAGAAGCCGAAAUCUUCACUUUGCUCACCGACAGCUGCUCAGUCUUCUUCACCGACAAACCGCAAGGUCCAUUAGGAAACGAGCAGGUCACCCUGUAUGCCUACAUCACUGCCAACGGAACAGGGGGCGUUUCAGGCGUCAUGACAAAGGUGGACACUUGCGCAAACGUGCAGUCGCUUCAGGUGAUCAAUUCGCGUCCGAGUUCGUCCAAGUACAAUGGCUACAAGUGCGAUGUCGUCUUUGAGAUCCCUCAGCCCAUCGACAGGACGCAGAUCCCUGCUCUCAAGAUCAUCAACACGGGUCAGAAGAGCACUACCAUCACCCAGACAUCUGCUCUCAUCCUCGAUCUCGGCUCGAGCAGCUUGACGGUAGAAGGAACGAUCAUCAAGUUGAGUCUCUUCAAUUCCAAGGCUCGUCUGUUCCAAGCCAAUGUCACGGCUGGACUGAUCUCAAUCCGUAACGCUUCCUUUGACCAAGUUCAGAUCUCAACCGUCAAUGCUGACGUCAUCAUGAGUACAAGUGACGAUGAAAAGAUGCAGAUUCAAUCUAUGGUGAGCGUGAAGCAGAGCGAGAACAAAGUGUGCCUCGUCUCAGCCCUGCCGACUGUCCUCACAGAUUCCUUCUCAUACAAAGAUCUGUGCGACAUCUCCUGUCGGAACGUGACAACCAGCGUAAAGUUGAACAGGUUCGAGCUGCAGAACCUAGGGCUCUCCCCCACUGCAACCGUCUUCAAGAACAUCACCUCUGUCGCAUGCAUGUGGAGUUGCAGCAAGUACAGCUCUGGUACUCUCCUCCCCUACAGGAAGAGCCCCGAACCUGGUCUGCAAGUGCGGUACGUCGACCUGACAUCGGAGACAGGAGAAAUUCAGUACAGCACGAUCUCGGAGACAAGGCUACCGCCCUUCGCAGGCAGGGGCACGCUCGAUCGCUACUACGUCUACGACGGGCUCAACGGCAACCGAACUGUCGGGUUGUCGCCUUCCGGCCUAGACGGUUUGCAGUCGGUCUUCAAUCCCGGAGGAGCCAACCGACCGACGGAGGACUGGUUUGAGAUCAACCUGCAGGGGCCCGGAGCCCCCUUUGGGAAGUUCGUGUGGGUGUCUGACCCGCGCUACCUGGUCUUCACUCGAGAGCUUCUGGAGAUCCUCACCUUUGGGAUUGUCGUCCCCUCCAGCACGGCCGUGUUUGUCAACUUUGUGCCUUCACCAUGCCCGUAUUUCGAUUCCUCCUCUGCCCCCGAGCAGUUACCGGCUGGAACUGUCACUUUCGGAGGCAACCUGGACGCGUACGGCAGGAGCAUGUUGAGCUCCAAGUACCCAGGAAGUGCGCGCAGACUGAUGCAGGCCAAGAUCCCUGACGAGCUGAACGCCAACUACAUCAAGAACGCUUAUUCGAUCUUGUGGACUGCUAUCGGAGCCAACGAGCUCCCUUCCACUUCCUUCCUUGCUUACAGUGAGCCGGGCAAACCCUUCAUCGUGUUCAAGACCGACCCCAAGACAGGAGACUACUCGAUGGUACAGGAGAGCUACUCGACCCGCCCGAUGUACUUGGUCUUCCUGGUACUGGCCAUAUGCAUCCCUAUCCUCGUCGCUCUCUCCCUGGUCUACUCCAUCCUGAGACUCGCGAACCGGGAGAUCCUGGACUACCGCAGGAUGCUGCGGGACAACACAACCGCCCAGAGGAAGCUGCUGCAGAGCGCGCACACGAGUGGGGACGACGCAGAGGAGCAGAAUGUCUCCAACGACCUCUCGAUCGCCGACGAGGAAGAGAUCGUGAAGCAGACGAGCUUCUUCUACUUCGUGGAGCUGCAGCUCUUCGAUCCCAAGGAGUCCAAGUCUGUCCAGCUCACCUUCUUGGUCACGCUCUUCCAAGUCGCGUUCGCUUGCGUCCUCCUGCUUCCCAUACUCCUGCUGGGCAUACAGAUCGACUCCGCCAAGGACAAGUUCAUUUGUCCUCAGGCUGCAGACCCGGCCAAGUGCCGGGCUAAGAUGAGCUCCUACACUCUGAUCUUGAACCUCCUCGACGCCGCCCUGCUAGGAAUCUUCAUCGCCGAACUCAUCGCCCACUACACGACCAUCAGGAUGAACAAGUUUCGGCGCAUCUUGAGAAGGAUCUUCUACAUCGCUCUGUCCAUCGCUCUCGUCAUCUCCCUCACUUACGCUUGCGCCGUCAUCGUGUGGAUCUGCCUCGGCAUUCUCUUUGACACUGCCAGGUUCUGCCCGUACGUGACAGCGAUAGCAGGAUUGUUUGUCGUCGUCUACCGCAGGUACUCCAAGUCCUCCAUCAUCAAGAAGCGCAUUGUCCGGGCGAUCGACGAUAAGAUAGCAAGAGUGGCUCCUGUCUUGUCAAGGGGUUUCAACACAGAUCUUGUCGCGAUCCUCUUGAACCAGAAGGCCGCGCGGCUGAGGCACAAGUUGGGCCAUUCGCGCAUCAGGAUCCUCCAGCAGUGCAUGAUCACCUUCAUCGUCCUCGCUGUCCUUGACGCCUUCCUCCUUGUCUGCUUCGCCUCCUUCACGGCGGUCAGCACGACCCUUUACGGAGUCAUCAACACAGUUGUCAUCGCCAUCGCCCUGGCGUGCGCGGACGCGUUUCUGAACCGUCGGAUGGACAAGCAGAUCGAGUUCUCGCGCAUCUCUGAUAAGACGGAAGAAAUCAUCCGAGAGUCGCGCGAGGCCCUCAAGUUUGUCCUUAGGCAAGUUCAGAUCGGAUCGCAGAUGGUGCAGAUGCUGAAGGAGCUGGCGGCGGAUGCCAACUAUCAGAAGCAGGUGCAGGAGGAGGAGGUUGACUACAAGAUGCACAGGGACGCUGCGAAGAAAGUGAUCUUUGCAGAGAAGAUCACCAACUACGGGAACCGCAUCGGUGUCGAGGUGGAUAGGGAGGAACUUUCUUCCCUCUCGGACUUCAAGAGCAUCUCGACCAGUAGCGAGGGCUCUGAGGAGGAGGAGGAGGAGCAGGACGCCAUGAGCGUCGACUUCGAGAAGAACUUGGUCAUGGGAGAGCAAGAGCUGCCUGAGAAGGCCGGGCGGUCGGGCUGGAACGAGAAGGUGGAGGAAGCGUUCAGGGACGGUGAGGAGGACGAGGAAGAUGCCGACACUCUGAUCCUGCUCUUGGACGAGGACUUUGACGUCGAGACACUUCGAGAUGAGCUCGGGAAGCAGCUGGACUGCGAUCCUGAACGCAUCAUCUGCUGGGAAGUAGAUGAGUAG